GUCAUUAUUAUUUUGAAUAUAAGUGUCACGCACCAGGCCGUUUAACUGAAAGCAGAGGCUCUUACUGCAGCGGCCGGCGUCUUUUCUUACUAGAGAUCUGCUUUGGCGUUUUUCUGAUUCCCAUAAAGAUGAUUGACGACGAGACGCUUGGAUUUCUGGCCAAUUUUCUUGGCAUUUUCAUAUUUGUCUUGGUGAUCGCUUAUCAUUAUGUGGUGGCUGAUCCCAAGUAUGAAGGUAACUGAAAGCCGGUUUUUCAUAAUCAUGUUCAGAUGCAGAAUACAACUUUUUGAUAAAGGAACACUGCCAGCUUCCACUGGCAUAAAUAAGAACCAAGUUUAGUAACCUUAUUAAUUAUAGGUUUCUGUUUAGUCAAUGGACUGAGCUGUUGUCUGGCUAUGUCUGCCCUAACUUUUGAAGCCGACAUAUUAUCUUAAAUUCUUAGUCAAAUUUUCCUUUGUAGCUGUUUACACCCAUAGCCUGCCUUGUUAUAAACAUGAUGAAUACCUAGACUUUGUAUUAUUAUAUUUUUGUAAUUUGGUCUUCAUUUCACUUUUUGUGGUC